AUGCUCUUCUCUCGCCUUCCUCUCUUCGCAACCCUCCUCAGCGUGGCCACUGCUUGGGAAGCCACCUUCUACAAUGCUCCGGACUGUGAUGCCAAUGGUCUGACCAUCUACCGCUCAAUGACUUCAGACUCAUACGGCACCUGUAUUGAACUUGACGGUACCUUAUACACCGACGUCCAAUGUCGACAAUACAUCAAUGGCGGUGCUUCCAAUUCAGAAUGCACCGACGACAACAUCUUCCCAAUCUCCACUCUGUUCACAUACGACGGCACCUAUCAGUGCCGCUCUUACUAUGCUGCUGGCUGCGAGGGACUGUACGAUGAGCAAUCGAAGCAUGUAGUCGGUGCACCUUUUCAAAAGGAAUGCGCGACUUAUACUAAGCAGUACAAGUCUUUUGGUUGCACCAAGUUCUCAUCUUAA